UAAUCCAAUAAUACACAAUAAACGAGAAAGAAACUUUGACGCUUUAAUGGUGGAAAAACCUUUCAGUGUCCAACAGCUGCAUAAAUGUAAAAGUAAACCAACUACAAAGAUUAUUUCCUGUCGCAGCGAGAUUAAAAAAUAAAAACUUAAUAAAACAUAGCAAAGCUGGCCGAGAAUAAGAAGACGAAGACGAAGAGCUGCUGCUGCUUAGGGCGAUGUCGAGACGAAUUGCUUUGUGCUAUAUACGAAAAAUCGAUAGUUGAAGCCGCAGUCGCCGUCACCGUCACAGUCGCCGUCGACGUCGCAGUCGAUAUCAACGUCAACGGUCAGAGUCAAACGAGACGCAAAACGCUUAUUAAAUGUCGGCUAAAAAUAGCCUAAGCAACAACAACAACAACAAAAACUAGGACUAUUAGACAAAGCUACUAGGAAAACGUGACAAACAUGGUCGAUGCUAAGCCACCGCCCACUCGCACGCCCACACCGGGCACCCCGCCGGCGGCAUUCGCCGGUGAAAGAUCGAAAAUUAAAUUAUUUAUGGAACGAACGCCGAGCAUCGGAGCGCUCAAGUCGAAAUUUUUGACAGUGCUGGGCAACAGCAACGAGCUGCUCAAUGGCAUAUCGAAUAAGUUAACUUUGAGCAGCAGUAGCAGCGAUUCGGAUUAUUGCGACGACGAUGAAGAAGAUUUGCCCAAAUUUGAUGAGACAAUUGACUAUACGAAGAUCGAUUUUGAGGGACGUCGCGUGAAAGCGCGCCGUGCACAUGAGGAAAUCAUCUCGAGCCGCUACAGACAGCCGAAUUUGGCGCCACGUCCUCGGUUGGAAUACUCUCGCUCUAGACAUGGCAACCACAAGCAGCGCUCCAGUUCGCCCUCUUCGUCGAGCAGUGGCAGCAGCAGCGAUGACAGCAGCUCCAUUUCGUUGCCGGAGCAAACGGCUGCGCGUUCCCAUGAGGUGAGCAGCACGACCCACUCGAAUUCCCUUGAGUUUGAGUCGCGUCAUUCGGGUGGCUAUGAACGGCAUCGACCCAUUGCGGGCGCUCGUCGCAGCGAGCUGGAUAUGCAGAAGGAUAUGCAGCGUAUUAGCGAGCUGUUGGAGGCUACGGCCACAGCUACGCCUCCCCAAAUCGAUGUUCAACCGCCCACAGAAGGCGGCACCGGUGCUGGCCUAAUAGCACGCCAGCCCUGGGGCGAGGUCAGCUCCAUUCGGUUGCCUGCACGCAGUCGCACCUCGAACAGCAGCACGUUGACCAGUCUGCGAGAUGAGCCCGAUCAGCUGCAGGCCAGCCCGAGCAUGGAGUCCAGCGACUGGCGCAACUUCAUACGCUCCGAGUCGCAGAACUCUGUGCCAUCGUGGGCCUCAUCGAUAAGUUUGGAUUGUCGUGCUGGAGAGGAGCCCGUCAAGGAGUUCAUGAAGCACUUCACUCAUCUGCUCUUUAAUAACUUGGCCGCUGUGAAUCUGGAGCUGAAGUCAGAGUUUGGUGUGCUGCUACGCUUGGAGAUGGGUCGGCUGUGGUUCACUCGGUUUCUCAGCGAGCAGCGCAACAAAUCGAAGCGAAUGGAAACGUUGACAUUCAAUGCAGUCGCUCAAUACUUUGCAUUGGCUCUGUUCGAGUGCGGCGAAUGCGAGGAUUAUGCGCCAGCAGCCGUGCUUAUGAAUCUCUGUUUCUUGUUCUAUCACGAAGUUGAAGUUCCUGGCUGUGAACCUUAUCGCGAGUAUUUGUUCAUAUCGCUGCGUCAGCAACCGCUCUGGCAGCAGCCUCGCUUCUGGAACACCAUCUUCCAAGAUUCCAUGCAGGCCGAACGCGAGCAUCGGCUCAGAGCGCAGUUGCGCCGGCAGCAACGUAAGCAGGCAAAGCAACAACAGCGUCAGGCAGAGGCCGAUGCUACAGUGACUGUGGAGUCUGUAGCAGCAGCUGCUGAGGCUACGCCUGCUCGCAAGCAUGGUGCUGAUUCCCCCUCCAGCUCCUCCCAUCAGAUAGCGCCGCCAGCGGCAGCAACUAAUCGCAAGUCCAGCAAAUGCAGCUUGGGCCAGUCACAGUCCGUCAAGGAGCAGGAGGAUAUUGCAUUUCGGCAAUUGAGUGCCUUUACGUGUAACAUGCACAUCCUGGGCACCACUCAGGAUGUGUGCCUGGACUUUCUGAAGAAACAUGCUGUGGCGCUCAACCUACCAAAGGACAAAGCCAAGCUAAUCAGGGAUAAUGUUUACCGAAUGUAUCAUGAGACGGAGCUGUGGGGUGCUCAACAUACUUAACGAGUGUUUCGCCUAACAAAUCCCAACUUAUUUAAUACCUUACCAGCACUUAUUUUUCGACUAUAAACUAUACUAUAACAAGAGAAAAACGUUUCAAAUUUCGUCUCAGCUAAAUUACAAUUUUUGACUUAAACUAACACUAAUCUUGAUGUAGUUACAAAUUUUUACUCGCAUUGUUGAACUA